AUGCAAGUACUCACAAGAACAUCCAUUUGGAAGGUUGUGCAUGGAUCCAGCCGAGACAUGAAAAGAAGGAGAAGGAGAAGGGGAGUUAAUGACUUCAAGAAAAAAGUUGAAGAGGAUGAUGAUGCAGCACCAAAGAACCAAAGCGUGGCCCUCAUAAUAGGUGUCACAGGCAUUGUAGGCAACGGCUUGGCCGAGAUCCUCCCUCUGGUAGACACCCCAGGUGGUCCAUGGAAAGUUUAUGGAGUUGCACGCCGUCCACGGCCAAUCUGGCAAUCUGAUCACCAAAUUGAAUACCUCCAAUGUGAUGUCUUGAACAAUGCAGAAACCAUUGAAAAGCUGUCAACACUCACAGAUGUUACCCACAUCUUUUACGUUGCAUGGGCUAGCAAGCCUACAGAAGCUGAAAACUGCAUUGUUAAUGGCACCAUGUUACGUAAUGUUCUUAAAGCUGUAAUCCCAAAUGCUCCAAACUUGCAGCACAUUUGCUUGCAAACAGGACGCAAGCAUUAUUUGGGUUCUUUUGAGUCUUGGGGCAAGGUUCGGCCUCAUGAUCCUCCACUACAUGAGGAUCUUCCAAGGCUUAAUUCAUUGAAUUUUUAUUACACUCUUGAAGAUGUUUUGUUUGAUGAGGUUCACAAGAAGGAGGGUUUGACAUGGUCUGUUCAUAGGCCUGGAGCUAUAUUUGGGUUUUCGCCAGCUUGUUUGUUGAAUAUGGUGGGGACUUUGAGUGCUUACGCCACGAUAUGCAAGUAUGAGGGGCUUCCGCUCAUGUUUCCAGGAAGUCGGAGUGGCAAUGGGGAUGUGUUCAAGUGGAAGCAUUUGUGGAAGGUCUUGGCCGAGCAGUUUGAGAUUGAGAAUUACGGAUUUGAAGAGGAUGACGAGAAGAGAUUGAGCUUGGCUGAGAUGAUGAAGAAUAAGGGGCCAGUGUGGGACAAGAUUGUCAGAGAGAAAGGUUUGGUGCCUACAAAUUGGAGGAGAUUGCAGAGUGGUGGUUUAUUGAUUUGCUUUUCCGAGGGGAAAUAUUCUUGGAUACCAUGA